AUUCGCCAACUUCAUGUGCUUGAAGUUUGGGAAGAUGGAAGCUCAGACUUCCCCCUGAUUGAUCUUGUAAAAUAUCAGGCUAAGCCUCUCAUUAUUUACACGAGCAGCAAAAGUGAAGAAUCCUUCAUAUCCGCUUUACAACGAAGUGGUACAUUGCUAUUUUUUCUCAUUAUUAUAAGCUAUUAAUACAUGACCUGUUUUAUCCGUUGAAGUAAUGCAGAUGGCACCAGUGAGACUCCCACAGUGAAACUGGUAAAAAGUUCAAUUUUCAGCUAUGAGCAAGCAUGGCACAGGUAUUAAAGAUGUGUACAAGGGAUCCUGGCACUUAUGUGUACAUACAACAGGCUAGAGAAAGAAAAAGAAAAAUCCAAGUUAAAAACAUUUGAGCGUCCUUAACAGUAGGGAGGGUAAUAGUGUGACACAACAAUUUGAUUGGCACUGAAUAUCUUUAAUUACCAAUGCUCACAUUGCAUUUUUCAAUUUCUGAUCACCAGAGCCAGCGACUAGGAAAUUUUUUGUGUCUCAGCUGUCUGAUCUAACAAACUUAUGGUCGUAUUGACUUUUUCCAAGUAGAAUGAUUUAUAUUCUAUUUUUCUCGAUGCUCAUAGGAAAUGCAUGAAUGAGGUUUCAGUUUGACUUCACUAAGAUGGUUGUAUAUUUUCAUCUUUGUCACUCUGUUUUAUCUCAGGCCUUACUGGAGUUGGCUUUUAUCUUAUAUCUUUUCUCUGCCUCGACUUCUAUAAAUUAAAAAUUUUACUACACCUUCUCAACACUUUCCCUAUGAUUUGGCAACUUGGACUGUAAUAAGAUGCUUGACAAUUUUAAUUUUACAUAUUUAAGUUUGAUAACAACAUUAUGUCUUUCCUUUUUUAUAAUCUCCCCCUUCCUCCAGUUGCCAAUAGUUACUCCCAACCGCUGCUUUUUUGUUUCUUUGGUUUUAUAGAUUGAUAUACCUUCGAGUAACAGGAAUGGAUGAUGGGCUAAACAUCAAGGAGAGAAUUUGUUAUUGUUUGUGAUCCCAAAACCCUAUCUAGUUCUAUAUCAAUCUUCUUUGUCUCUUUCCUUGUGGAAGCUGAGUUCUAUGAUGGACAUGGGAAGUGAAGUUCAAGUUCGAGCAAGUGGAGGUCUUCUUGCCAUAUUAGAGAAUGAAAGGAUUGUAGAUACCCUUGAGCAAAAAGAAUGUGGGAGUGCAUCAAUUACAAUUGAUUCUGUCACAGAAAUUCUAUUAAACAAAUUUCUUAAACUUGAUGCAACUUGUCAUGAGGCCUUGCAGAUUUUCCAAGUAGAUAAACACCCAAGCCAUAUGGGUAUUGGCAGAUCAAAGGAAGGGUUCUCUGUUUUUGGCAUGAUGAAUAAGUGUGUGACACCAAUGGGUCAGCGUCUUUUGAGAAAUUGGUUCCUAAGGCCCAUACUUGACCUUGAAAGCCUGAAUGGUCGUCUCAAUGCUAUAUCAUUCUUUUUGUGUUCUGGAGAACUGAUGGUUUCUCUGCGUGAAACACUGAAAUCUGUCAAGGACAUUUCCCGCAUACUCAAGAAAUUUAACUCCCCAAGCUCCACGUGCACUGCUGGUGAUUGGACAGCCUUUUUGAAGAGCAUUUGUUCACUUUUGCAUGUCGAUAAGAUAUUCAAAGUAGGCAUAUCAGAAAGCCUGCAAGAGCAGGCAAAGUGCUUGAGUUUCAACAUUGUUGAGAAGGCUUCUUCAUGUAUUUCUACAGAGCUGGUUGAUGUUUAUGAAUUGGUGAUCGGUGUUAUUGAUGUUAAUAGAAGUAAAGAGAAGGGUUAUGGAACAAUAGUGAAAGACGGUUUCUGUGAUGAGUUGGAUGAAUUGCGGGAAAUCUAUGAGGAUUUGCCAGAGUUUCUGCAACAGAUUUCCUCAGUGGAGGUUGCACAAAUUCCCCAUUUGGGUAAUCAGAAGCAUGUUCCAUGUAUUGUUUAUAUACAUCAAAUAGGAUAUUUGCUCUGUAUUUUUGAAGAAAAACUUGAUGAAACCUUAAUGGAAAAGAUUAAAGAUUUUGAAUUUGUGUUCUCUGAUGCUGAUGGAGAGACUAAAAGAUUCUUUUAUCGCACUCCAAAGACACGGGAAUUGGAUGAUCUACUUGGAGACAUCUAUCAUAAGAUUCUAGAUAUGGAGAGAGCAAUUAUUCGAGACUUGGUGUCACAUAUUAUUCUAUUUUCAGCGUAUCUGCUUAAAGCUGUGAAUUUUGUGGCUGAACUUGAUUGCCUUUUGUCAUUAGCGCUAGUUGCUCGUCAAAACAAUUAUGUCAGGCCCAUUUUGACUGAAGAAACGUUUAUUGAUAUACAGAAUGGAAGACAUGUUUUGCAGGAAAUGACAGUAGAUACAUUUAUUCCUAAUGAUACCAAGAUUCUUGAUGAUGGUUGUGUUGCUUCAGGAAGGAUCAAUAUCAUCAGUGGUCCUAAUUAUUCAGGGAAGAGUAUAUACAUAAAGCAGGUGGCUUUGAUUGUUUUCCUUUCGCACAUUGGGAGUUUUGUUCCAGCAGAUGCAGCUAUUGUAGGAUUGACUGAUAGGAUAUUCUGUGCAAUGGGAAACAAGCUUAUGACUGCCGAAAAAUCAACAUUCAUGAUCGAUCUGCAUCAAGUAGGGAUGAUGCUAAGGCAGGCAACUUCACAAUCCUUAUGUCUGUUGGAUGAAUUUGGUAAAGGUACACUUACAGAAGAUGGAGUUGGUCUACUUGGUGGAACCAUAAAUCAUUUUAUUGAAUGUGAUGACCCUCCAAAGGUUCUGGUGUGCACUCAUUUGACUGAGUUAUUUAAUGAUAGUUACUUGCCAAAGUCUGAUAAGGUCAAGUUUUACACCAUGAGUGUGCUGAGGCCUGACAACAAUUCUACAGAUGUUGAGGACAUUGUAUUUCUAUAUCGGUUGGUUCCUGGACAUACUCUUCUUAGUUACGGGCUACAUUGUGCGCUACUUGCUGGAGUUCCUGCAGAAGUAAUUAAGAGAGCAGCAGUUGUAUUGGAUGCUAUUGGCAAUAACAACCAUGUCGAGCGAUUGUGCAAUGAAAACAUAUCAGCUCAAGAUAAGCAAUGCAAGGAUGCGGUGGACAAGAUGUUGGCAAUGGAUAUUCUUAAGGGCGACCUCAACCUCUUCUUCCAAGAUAUAUUUCUUCCUUAGUAUACAGAGGUUGAUAGAAUUCUUCUCCUUGCCUAUAUAUGCGAGCAUGUGCCAUGUGUCUAUACUCUGAAAGCUACAGCUCUUCCUGAAAAACUUCGACGACCUAAGCAAACCAGGAAAGAUGUCCUGCUCUCAUGUCAGGAGACUGCUAUAAGAAGAAUCCUACAAUUUAUAGAAGUCAUUCAAGUUCCUCUAAUCAUUCUUUAGUUUGCCAUUUUUUCUCCAUUUUUAAGAAUGUGUAUAAUCCAACCUCAAAUUUUACACUAAUGCAAAGCAUGAGCCAUUGGUACAGUCUGAAUAUAAAAACAUGUAAAUAGAAUUUCAGCGUUCAUAUGCCCA